CGCUCGAGGAACACAGAUAUUGGGGCGUAACAAUCAAAAACUGUAAGCCUAUUGGACUUCCGUCAAGAUAGUUUUAAAAGAUGGACUUAUGGUGAUGAAUAUGAUUGUACUCAUUAACAUUGUCCUUCAAGCGAGAAUCUGUUAUUGUAUUGGCUGUAUGUUGAAAGCCUUCCCACUUCUCCGCCCCCUCUUCUCUCGAUAUGGAAGAGUAAUUAUAUCGUGGGAAACAAGGUCGUCUUUAAACUGAACGACUGUUCUGGUGGCUGUCAGAUAGCUUUUUGGUGGGACGUUGUGACCUGCACAACAACCUAUAACGUUACUGUGUUCAAGUCUACGUGACAAAAUGAAAAGAAAUCGCGAUUACAGCUCAUCGGACAGCGAGAUUGAUGAAAACAUCGAGGUAGAGAAGGAGAGUGCCGAUGAAAAUGAGAACUUUGGUUCUCUGGACGGAUCAAUUUCCCCAUCAACAACAACUCAAGUUCAAGCAAGGAAACGACGACGAGGAAUAAUUGAGAAACGACGCCGUGAUCGGAUCAACAACAGCCUCUCUGAACUCCGAAGACUGGUUCCAACCGCUUUUGAGAAACAGGGUUCGGCUAAAUUAGAAAAGGCGGAGAUUUUGCAGAUGACUGUGGAUCACCUGAAGAUGCUUCAUGCUGCGAGUGGAAAAGGUUACUUUGACGCCCAUGCACUGGCUAUGGAUUACCGCAGCCUGGGAUUCCGGGAGUGCCUAGCAGAGACUGCGCGCUACCUGAGCUUCAUGGAGGGGCUGGACAGUGCUGAUCCUCUGCGGAUCCGACUGGUUUCCCAUCUCAACAGCUACGUCUGCCAGAGGGAGGCACAUUCAGGACUUGGGCAGUUGGCCUGGGGGUCUGCUUUUGGGACACCCCCCUCCCACCUGGCGCACCACCUCCUCCUACAGCAGCAACAGCCAGGGCAGGUGGCCCCCUGCCGCCCCGGUAGCCCCCGCCCUCCUUCCUCUGCCCCUACCUCGUCAUCCUCGCCGACGGAGUCCCCUGCUCCCAGCAGGCUCAGUGGCCCAUCACACACUGAGCCCGUGCCCCUGAGGGCCCCCUUAAAGGGCACCGUCAGCUCCAGCCUGCCUGUCACCACCGCUGGCUCCAGCAAACUGACCCCGCCUCUGGUGUCCUCCCUCCCUGCAUUCCCUCUCUCCUUCAGUGCGUUUCCGCUGCUCUCGCCCAGUGCCCCGCCCUCCGGCCUGGGGAAGCCGUACAGACCCUGGGGAACAGAGAUAGGGGCCUUCUGAACUCUUGCCCUGGCACCACGAGGGCCCCAGCUGAGCUGGGCCUCCAUGAAUGUAAUGGAACAGUGACAUGUACAGGGGCAAAGACUGAUGCAUGGGAAUCCGUUAUUUGUUUUGUUUUUUGUUUGUUUUUCUUUGUAUUUUUCUUGUCGUUUUUCAAGGGGGCGAUGGGGAAUAUUGCCAUCCUUUUUUAGUGCCCUCAGAUAGGGACUGCAGCUAGAAUUAAGUGUUCAGUUUUUCCUCUGAUAUUGAAUUUGUGUGGUAAAGAUCUGUCCUCCCUGUGUUUUUCAUAUUAAAUGAAGUUGCCUUUUACUUA